AUGCUUUUGGCAGUCUUUUCGAGUGAUUUUUGGCUCGUUCGUUUUUUUUUUAUUCUUUCGGGCUACGCAACAGUUUCAGUUCCCGUAAUUCUUCUAGUUUAUUAUGUCCGUCGAAAAACAGCCAGUAAGGAAUAUGCUUGUUGCAAUUUUGUUGAUGGUAGUUUCAAACAAUUAACAUUUUUGGAUUCAUUUCUUCUUAAAUUUGCGGUGGGCCGACCUGACUAUGAGUUGAUGAUUUUUGACACAGUGAAAUUAAAUACUACUGUACCUCAAAAAACGAGUCUUAUGAGUAACUGCUCUCAUCUUCUUUUAUGUUUCUCUGGGCUUCAAAUUACGCUCGUUUCAAUGGGUUACAUUCAAGAAAAAAUUAUGACAAAGGGUUAUCUGUCAACGGUUGAUCAUCAGCUGUGGAAAUUUGAAAACACUCAGUUUCUUGUUUUUGUGAAUCGUGUCUUUGCCAUUUUUUUUUGUGUAUUUUAUUUGAGUGUAAACUGGAAAAGGGAACCUGUGCAUGCUCCUCCAUUAUACAAGCAUUCAUUUGCUUCACUUUCCAAUACACUGUCGUCGUGGUGUCAGUAUGAAGCUCUGAAAUACGUUUCAUUCCCAGCCCAAAUAGUUUGCAAAGCAUCGAAAGUUCUGCCGACGAUGUUGAUGGGCUUUAUUGUCAGAGGUGAGCGUUAUGGGCGUACUGAAUGUUUAUGUGCUUUUACGCUUGCAUUCGGGGCAUCUUUAUUUUUUCUUUCAAACAAUUCUGCAGCAUUUGGAUCAAACGGUAAUCUUUUGAAAACAUUCUAUGGUCGUGUCACUACUAUUUCUGGAAUUUUGUUAAUGAGUGGUUAUCUUCUGUUCGAUGCUUUUACUCUAAAUUGGCAAAAGAAACUUUUCGAUGUUCGUCCACGAGUCUCCAGAUAUCAGAUGAUGUUUGGUGUGAAUAUAUUUAGCAUGUUUUUGUGCUUCGUAACACUUAUAGAAGAAGGAGCUUUUACUGCUCCGUUUCGUUUUCUGGCGACUCAUGAAGGUUUUGCCCGAGAUGUGUUUUUGCUCUCUUUGUCUGGCGCUUUAGGACAAGUUGUAAUAUACUCAACUAUCGAACGAUUCGGACCAUCAGUAUUCGCUAUAAUGAUGACGUUGCGGCAAAUAACUUCCAUACUUCUUUCAACGAUAGCAUAUGGUCACCCAAUGUCUGCUUGGUCUAUUCUGGGUUUAUCAGUUACAUUCGUUGCUAUUUUCGGCAGCAUUUACAACAGAUAUCUUCACACUCUACGGACUAACCGAUAA